UGCAAUUUGGUAGCUUAGCCCGAAUGUACCUCCAAAUAUGUGACAAAUGUGAGAUUAACCAAAUUUCGGACACUCUCUCUACAUUAACUGCCGUUACCUGCGUACAAUGGCGGACUAUCAGUAUCUUUUGGACAUGGACAAAAAAGCCGAAAAGGACUGUUGCAGUUUCAGUUCGUCUUGUUGUUAUUGUAGCUAGCGUCAGCGUUAGCUGAAUUAGCUAACACUGCUGUCUUGGCUCUCAGCGUAACCGAUGUUGAUUCAUUGCUUCGGGGCAGUAAAGCGCAAAAACAAGGUAACUCUGGAGUAAACUGCAUACGUAAACAACUGACCUGAGCAAUGUUUGUGCUAUGCUUCUUAGCUCAUUACAUAAUUGGCCGUCGCCAGUAUUAUAGGCAAGGUUGUAGCGCAUGAUUUGCUAACGUUAAUUGACAAGUGAAAUUAACCUUCCACUGCUGCAUGGUUUACACACCUCCAUCCACCUCAAAAUGGUAUUAUCAGCUAAGGUUAGCUAAUACACAAAAUGCUGCCUGCAGCAUAAGAUUUAACGUUGCCUAGUUGGCGUUAUUGCUGCCUACAUGUUAUGAGAUGGAGCAGCAGAUAGCGGCCAGUGAGGUGGCUCUCGGUCUUCACUACACAUCUGUCUGAGUUGCACAUCUGUGAAAGAAGAAAUCAUGUCUUGCAAAGCCGCAACCAAAGACAAGAAGUCGAGCUUCAGCAAGAAGCUGUUCAGGCGAGGCUCAGUGCGCUCAGUGGGCAGUUUUAUGAGCAGAGUCCUGAGGACACUGACAGCGUUAUCUCACUUUGGAUCUGAAGUGCAAACAGAGGAUGACAAAGAUGAUGGAGGAUUUUCCACUUUCAAAUCUGGAGGUAAAGAUGUGCCCAUGGAUGAUGGAGACCUCGGGGGUUUCCUGUCUGGAGAGAGAAUACCUGGAGUGUCAGGGCUCAAAAACCACGGGAACACCUGCUUCAUGAAUGCAAUUCUGCAGUGCCUCAGUAAUACUGAACUCUUUGCUGAGUACCUGGUUUUGGAGCACUACAAAGAUGACGAGCUGGGUGAGGACAAACCAAAGACAAAUGGUGUACAUCUGCAGAAGAAGGGUCCUCUGGCCAAAGGAGAAGUUACAGAGCAACUGUCAGGACUUGUGCGGGCUUUAUGGACGUUUGAGUACACCCCCCAGCACAGCAGAGAUUUUAAGAACGCUGUGUCGAAAAAUGCCACCCAGUUUAAAGGGAACGCUCAGCACGAUGCUCAAGAGUUUCUACUGUGGCUGCUGGACAGAGUGCACGAGGACCUCAACACGGUCAACCCCAACAGCAGGCCUGCUAUAAAGCCGCCUAUCGAAGAAGAUGACCAAAGCAUAGAGGGGCCGUCUCCUCCCCUCUCUGCGGGGUCGUUUGUGCAAGAACUGUUUCAGGCUCAGUACAGGUCUUCUCUCACCUGCCCACAUUGCCAAAAGCAGAGCAAUACGUUUGAUCCCUUCCUCUGCAUCUCCUUACCGAUCCCACUGCCACACACACGGCCCCUGUAUGUGACAGUGGUCUACCAGGGGAAGUACUCUCACUGUAUGAGGAUUGGAGUUGCUGUUCCACUCAACAGCACCGUCUAUCGCCUCAGAGAUGCGGUGUCACGUGAGACCAAGAUCCCAAUGGACCAGUUUGUUUUGACUGAAAUGUACUAUGAUGGUUUUCAUCGAUCAUUUUGUGAUGAUGAUGACGAUCUUGACAUCAUUCAAGAGAGUGAUUCCAUAUUUGCCUUUGAGACACCAGAGACCUUCAAACUGGAAAACAUACGCACAAAAAGAGGAAGUCUUCUGGCAAACCUGAAUCAUAACAACUUGAAGUACGGGACAGAAAUCAGCAGGACUCCGUCGUUCAUGCAGGGGGCCAUGACUCCUUUAACGGCAUCACCCAAUAAGAACCUGGGACCUGAAAAAAUGAUCCUCCUGGUGUGCAACAGAGCUUGUAGCGGCCACCAAGGAAAGAGGUUUGGUCUGCCUUUUGUACUGUACAUGGAGCGCACUGUGACGUGGGAUGCUCUACAGAAAGAGAUCCUGGAGAAAAUGAGACAUCUGUUGAGGCCUGGGGUCUACAUUCAGGUUGGACCUUUCAGCCUUCGGGUGGUUGGCGUCGUUGGUAUCACCUACCUCCUUCCUCAAGAUGAGCGACCACUGUGUCAUCCAACUGUGGAUAGAGCAUACAAGUCCUGUGGACAAGGGGGGCCACCACAUGUGAAGAUCGUGGUAGAGUGGGACAAAGAGACCAAGGACUAUCUGUUUGGACACACUGAGGAGGAGUACAUUCCUGAUGCUGAGAGUGUGUAUCUGCACAGGGAACAACAUCAUCAGCCGCAGGCCUGCACCCUCGCUCAGUGCUUUCAGCUCUACACUAAGGAAGAGCAGCUGGCCCCAGACGAUGCUUGGCGCUGCCCCCACUGCAAGCAGCUGCAGCAGGGCCGCAUUAAGCUCAGCCUGUGGACGCUGCCGGAUGUGCUCAUACUGCAUCUCAAGCGGUUCAGACAGGAGGGGGACCGGAGGGUAAAGAUGCAGAACAUGGUGAGGUUUCCGUUGAUGGGCAUGGACAUGGCUCCUCAUGUGGUUAAGAGAAGCCAGAGCAGCUGGAGUUUACCCUCCCAUUGGUCGCCCUGGAGACGGCCAUAUGGCCUGGGAAGAAACCCAGAUGACUACCUAUAUGACCUGUAUGCUGUGUGCAACCACCAUGGGAACAUGCACGGAGGCCACUACACAGCCUACUGUAAGAACUCCAUUGAUGGUCAGUGGUACUGCUUUGAUGACAGUGAGGUUUCACCAGUAGCUGACGAUGACGUGUGUCAGCAGACGGCCUAUAUACUCUUCUACCAGCGGAGGACGGCUAUUCCUUCGUGGUCAGCCAACAGCUCUGUCGCUGGUUCCACCAGUUCAUCUCUGUGUGACCACUGGAUCAACAGGUUGCCAGGCAGUAGGCCUGCUAGUUUGGCCUCUGGAGCCUCAUCCAGACGCACCUCUCUGGCAUCACUGGCUGAGUCAGUAGAGUUUCCAGGAGAACGCAGUGAAGAUGAUGGAGGCUUCUCUGUCCGCCCUUUUGUGAGGAGCAUUCAGCGUCAGAGCUUGUCCUCCAGGUCGUCCAUCGCUAGUCCUUUAGCCUUCAGCGACAGUGGGAUAAAGCCUUCUUGGUCUCUCUCUGCGAAGCUGCACAUGAGAUCCAACUCGCCCUCACGUUUCUCCCUUGACUCCCGAUGUUCUCCACCUCUAGAGAGGAUAGGAGAAGCCUGUGAUGACAAAGUUUCCACGUCCUGUUUUGGCAGCUACAGUAGACAUGAACGCUACUUUGGCAGCAGGUCUCCUCUGUCUAUGAUGGAGGGCAACUUGAGUGACCAGGACCACAAUAAAAGGUUUCUAGACAUGAUGUACUGCAGGGCUCCCACUCCAGUUGAAAAGAAGAGCACCAAAAAUGAGCCGACUGAAAACAACAACCAGAUUACAGCUAUAGACCAAAACACUCUAUCUGCCCAAGCUACUCCCUCCAAAGAACAGAAACGUAAGAGCAGUAUCGGAGGAUUUGGCUCAAAGGCAGAAAGCACAGGUUCCACAAAAACUUCCAGCAAAGUGGAGCAAGAGAAAACCUCCAAAAAACGUUUGUGCUCAACCCACAAGACAUCUGCCUCUGAGACGUCUUCCAGUACACCUGUGAAAGGCAAAAAGAUGAGCAAUACUAAAGAAAAGAGUGUAAAUGCCAAGAAAAGCACCUCUACACCCAGUGGAACUCCCUCCAAAACAAAGGAGGCAGCUCAAUCUGUAGAAACACCACUACAUAAGCCAUGCGUCCGCUCCACACCUCAGUCCUCAGCUUCUCCCUCGCCUACGGCAAAGAAGAGUUCCAGUGUCACUGAAAAAAGCUCCACGAGUAGUCGGAAAAAGCUGGUCGAAAGGAGCUACAGCAGAGAUUCUAUGCACACUAGUCCCCUUGUUGACAGUCUCCGAGGCAGCUCGUUAGCCCGCUCUUCACUGUCCAAGAGUGGGGAAAGCAACCGGCCUGAGAGGAGACUCCUGAGGAGCUCCAGCAGCAGCUCUUCUGUCACUAGCCUGCGCUCACCCAGCGUGUCCACCAGAGACCUUCAGCGCAGCAGCAAACCUGAAGAAAAAGGGUUGUCUUUCUUCAAGAGCGCCCUCCGACAAAGGGAAAGCCGCCGGUCGGCUGAUUUAGGAAAAAGCACCAUGCUUGCCAAAAAGGCCUCAGAGAGGACAUGCAAGCAGAAUGGACAAGCCAAGGACGUCGGUGGUGAUAAGGGAAAGACAGGAGAUGCGGUGUCUUCGCAGACAUCUUUAGACACUCAUGGAGGUGAGACAAAGUCAGAGACAAAGGCGUCUUCCAAGCCCCCCAGCUCUCUCAGUCGCACUCUAUUAAACGUUGGCAAAUCCAAGUCUUCCACUUCUGAAGUAAGUCUCAAGUCUCCCGCAAAUGGGAAGAAGCCUCUUGAAAGGAUGGCAUCUUCCCGAAAGCUGUCAUCAAGCAUGCAAUCUCCUGCACGUACAACUCAGAGGCCUCAAUGAUACAUCCAUGCUACAUUGAACUUACAUAAUGCAGCUAUUUUCUUUGUGCCUAAGUUUCAGUGAGCACCAGAUCUAUUUGUAAAGAGACAUGUUUUGAUGUUAUGGUUGUCCUCUUUUUUUUACACUGGCAUCAGAUGCAGCCAGCUUUGAGUAUUUUUAGCUUUGCUGGAUAAAAGGUGUAGAACUGUACAUCAUCUGCAUAUAUGAGCGCAGAAUUUAGCCUGGUAUGCUGGCAGCUCUAGUGAUGAUGAUGAUUUUGAUGUGAGAAAGAGUGCAAAGUGAUGGCUUGACACAUUACAUGUUUUCUGGCAUAGAGGGUACGUGAACAUGCCAUAUGCAUCCAGCUUCACAGCAUAUUUCCCUGAUGGAAUAUUGAAUUGAUAAUCUCCGGUUAUCUUUCCUUUAGAUAAGAGGCUUGUUUUAUGUUUGCAUCACUGCAAACAGUAAGUUUAAUUUGCUUGCAAAAUAUCCUGCUGCAAAAAAUUAAGGAAGUAAGAAACAUUUUGACCUUGUUGCACCAACAACACAUUAAUGUCUUGUAGAGUAACAUCUUGAUAUUAUUCCAAUUUAAGAUGGAGAUAAGCCGGCUGUUGAUGCUUAAAGAAAGUAUUUUAAAUCCCACAUCAGUGAGAACAGACCCAUAACAUCAAAAAAACAGUCUCUGGAUAAAUACUGAAACUGAGUUGAUAUGCUCACACACACACGCACACACACACACAUACACAUACAAAGAGUUUCAUUCUGAAAUAAUUGUGGCUAGGUGUUUGCAGUAGUUUUCAUUGACCUGUUUUUCAAGCACUCUCCAUACACCUCAUGCAUUGGCUCAGAGGGGUACUAUGAGUGUCUAAAGCUAAAGCUAUGUAGGAAAAGACAUUAGUUGAUUAUACUGAUUUCAUGUUUCAUGUCUUGAGGGUAUCGAGUAUUCAUGUGUAGCUGAAAAGAAAAUGAUUUUACAAAGACUGAUUGUAAGCAGUAGAAGUAUAGACGUGAUGGAAGGCCCUGGACCAAAAGAGAAAAGAAUCUGAGAUGAGAAAGAAUCACAGUCGGUACACACAUCGAGACAAGUUUUCCAAUAUUUUAAAACUUUAUUUUUGUUUAAUACUAGUACUUUUUCGAUAGAAAUGUAUUUUAUCAAGUUAACUACUUUUUCUCAAAGGGAUGGUGUGUUUUGGAAUGAAACCCUUUAAAAACAAAGUAUAUAAAUACAUAUAUAUAUAUAAUGUAUGUGUCUGUACAGAUAUUGACAAAGUAUAUAGUAUAUAACCCAUUUUUUCCUUUCCAUGAGCAAGAUGAAAAUGAUCUUAAGCGCCUUUCAAUACUACACAUGGAAACAAAUAACUGCCUUUGGCAACAUUGUAGUCUACUACUGUAUGCAUCACUGAGUAGGAAUGUUGGAUGUUCGCACUUUGUAUAGAUAAAGUAGUUUUCUUUUACCCAGAACAGUCAUAUAUAUAUAUAUAUAUAUAUAUACACACACACACACUAACUUAACAAUGUAAUUAUCUGAUUUUUAAUGUUGUCUGUUCAUAAGUUUGAGACAUAUCGUAAAGUAUCGUCAACCGGCCUUAGACUUGAAAUGGUAAAAGGGUACAUUCAUCUCAACGUUUCAGGGGUCAUUUUAGGAAAUCACCUCUUUACUACACCUGGUGCUGUAACAGGCCGACGCUCCUCUGGCACUGAUAUUUCUUAAAUGAGCAUGAUUUCAAGUGCUGAUGUUCAGAACUGUGACCACACACUUCAGUGAACCAGAAACCUGUCGGCAGCAUUUAUCAUAACCUGUGGUACCUCACUGGAGAAGAUGAUACGUGGCCAUUUUUUUCUUUAUCAGGCUGAAACGAAAUACGGAUAACGAGCCGUUUAUUAAUCAUUGAACUACAUUCAUAUUGCCUCUGAGCUGUUGUCCAAACAUGGAUAUGUUGGCUGAGUUAUGUCACACACUGCACGGUGUAUUUCUUUUGCAGUAUAGUGGUAGAAGCAGAGGCAGGAUAUGGUCACUGCAGCUGUUUUAAACGCUUCCUGGUCUCAUUUUGAACGAUCAGCUUUAUCACUGUAGAAUUUCCCCACCUGCAUUUGCAAUAUUCAUACUUUAGAUACCAGCAGAGUGUGUUUUUAAUGAAUGAAUGUGGUUAUACCAUUAAAAUCGGAGCAUUACUAAGUAGUUUUUACUUUCACCAUUAACUUAAUCUUUGGAUUAUAGAUCUACAAUAUUUCUUCCAGCUGUUUCUCCGUAGCAUCGACCAGGUUUACAUUGGUUCUCAGAUGGUUUCAGAGGAAAUACCACUCAAUUUAAACAUUUCUGUAUGUUAUUUAAAUGGUCUCUGCAGCGUUUGAGCAAAUCAACAGCCUUCAUGUAUCUGGCCUGAAAUGUCUCUCAUUGUUUUUGGUCUGAGAGGUAUGCAGGAGUUUGCUGUAAAGAAACACAGCUGUGUCAUGUUUUUUCUGGUGACUUUUGCAAAAUUUGGAUAGCAAGUUAAACGUUACAACUUGAUGUCAGACCCGACAUUUUUAUUUAUAACUCAAAGACUCACAGCAAGCUGUUCACCAGUUCACUGUUGGCAAGUAAAAUUGCUUUAUGUUGACACUUUUCACCCAAAUUCUACCCAGCGAUGUUUUAUUUAAACAGCCAUCUGUUGAGAAUACUAAUUAGGCCACAGAAACGACAAAACAGCCAACAUAAAUUAUGUAUUUGUUUACUCCUACCUGCGGUUUUGUAAGUUUGUGAAUAAAUUUCUUUCCAAAACUUGAAGCCAGAGCAUCAAACUUGACAUUUAGAGGAAGAAAUUGUCUCCGACAGUUUACCUGUUAAGUGACAACCAUGAAGAACACUAAAAUCCUCUAAGUAUCCUCAGGACCCUCAUCACUGUCACAGGCUGACCAGCAGCUCAGUCUACCAAAAUGUUGUGGGACCCUCUUAAUGUCCCACCAUUAGAAAACAUAGUGGCUACUGUGCUCAUUGACCGUAGAAAUAACAUACUGCUGUUGAAAUGUGGUGGUGUUCCUUUAGCUGCUCUUUUCUACUUUACAUUGUGUAAUCCUUUCAGGAACCUGUGCAUGGCACUUUGGAUCAAAGCAGGACAAUUUUGUGUAAUUUUGGCUUUCACCGUCUUGUUUGCCUGCUUUAAAGUCUGUAAUUAAGUUGUAGUGGCUAGUGUGCAUUUUAGAGCUGGAUCAUGCCAUUUCCCUCGCUUGUUUGUCCAUCCAUCUACUUGCUGAAUAAGAAUUUUAUUGGAUUACAUUCAUGUAGCCAAAAUCCAGUGCAUUAGGAUGCGAGGCCCUCAGUUUUGAGAUUUUUAUUUAGUUUUGUGGGGCAUUGUGAACAAGAAUUACUAGACAGUGUGUGUCAUAUCGUACAUUGCUUACAAUAUUUAAACAGGCUCGUAAUUUGAGGUCCUUUUGUAUCCAACCAAACAUUUUACGAGGCAAAAUUCUUUUCAUGUGCAGAACCUAAAUCUGCAAGCUUCAGCCUGUUUCUUUGUCUUCCAAAUGUUUUCAGUCUUUGUGUUUAUAGCCGCCACACGGCCUACAUUCCUGUUUUGUUCUUACAUCAUGUGAGAUUAGAUGAGACAUGGCGAUUCUGUCGGUAAGAUCAUUCAGUGGCGGUCAUAAAUAGGUCUGUAGUAUAUUGCUGAGCUGACUUGAAUGUCAACAGUAUCAGUUUGGUCUGCGUUAUGUCGCAGGAACCUGAUGUCAUUAGCAGUAGCAUCCAAUCAUUAAAAAAAAACCCUGCAGAUCUUUUGUUUUAUUAUGCCUUUGCCAACAUGGUAGUGGUAGAGCAAUAAUCCAAUAAUCAUCCCAUUCAUCGGUUACUAAGGAAGCUGCGGUUUGAAUUACCAAAAAGUGCAACUUGGUUGACUUUUGAGAGCUUAAAAGGCCGUAGAAGACAUACCUGUUAAAACAAGAUGUCAAAAAUCUGUGUAAAAUUCAAGAGAAAACUGAAUCAGCAUCUUUACAGAAUAGAUUUUCCUCUCUCGCUUUCUUCACCGCGGUCAUUGUCUGUGUUUUAUUUGUUGUCAGUGUACAGAAUUGAGAAUGAUUAAGGAAUGCAGUAUUGCAUGAAAAACGCUAAUGCAUGUAUUUCAUUAACUAUGCAAGAGUCUUCAGCUGCGUACAGUAGAAAGCAGAGCAUGGCUUCCAUUGCUUCAUUUGCACACCAUUCCAAUAUUUAGAAAUGAUAAAUUACAGAAUAUUUCAUCUGUACAGUUAAACGGAUUCAACUUACAAAUCUUGCCUAUAUGAAACUCUAUUUAAUGCCAUAAUUGCUUUCAGCAUUCUACCAUUUAAUGUUUAUAUG